GAUGGACGGUACAGACGAAGAGCAGAACAGAAGAGAAGCAUCUGCAUCUGCAUCUGCAUCUGCAUCGUCACAACCUCGCCGACCGCCAUCGUCUCCCGAAUCGGCUCCGGCACAACGCAUUCACGAUGAGCGGCCCUUGCACAAGUCGCUUCCUGGCACGGUCCAGGACAGCCAUCCAUCAUGCCGCCAGGCCAUCACCGAUAACGCGCAGCAGUGCAUCAACAUUCGUCCGGCCGUUCUCGCAAACCCCUUGCCGUUUAGACGCCAACAGCUCGAGAAAUAACAAUGCCAGUGGAGGCAGUGGCAGCGGAAACAACAACAAUAACAACAACAACCCCCUUCGUGGAAGCGAUCUCCUCAGCUCCCUCUACGGCAGCCCACCCUCCCAAUCGACCAACCCCCGGUCUUCCUCCUCCUCCUCCUCCUCCUCCUCCUCGACCUCUUCCCCCACCGGCAGCAGCAGCAUGAUGGACCUCCUCCGCGACACGCUCGGAAAAGCCAGCGGCGGCAACCGGAGCGGCAUCAUGGGAAGCCUGACCGAAGGCAUCGACUCGCUCGCGCCCCCCGAACAAGCCGACGCCGUCGAGCCCUACCACUUCCACAUCUUCUCGACCAAGCACAACACCCACGUGACGGUGACCAAGCCCGACCGCGGCGCCAUCGUGUCCGUGUCGGCCGGCAACAUCGGCUUCCGCAAGUCGCGCCGCGGCCAGUACGACGCCGCCUACCAGCUCAUGGCCUACGUGCUCGAGCGCCUCAAGUUCGACGGCUGGCCGAACAAGAUCAACCGCAUCGAGCUCGUGCUGCGCGGCUAUGGCCAGGGUCGGGACGCUGCUGUGAAGGUCCUCAUGAGCCCCGAGGGUGCCAUGUGGCGUCAGAAGGUCGUCCGCGUUGCUGAUUCUACCAGGCUUAAGUUUGGUGGCACGAGGAGCCGGGCUCGCAGACGUCUGUAGACAAGGAGGGGGAAAUCCAGAAUUUGCAGUGUUGAUAUGGCUCGUACAUUUUUUGGGGGGAACAGUAGGCGGAGAGACGCGGGAUUGUACAAAUAACCAGAUGUAUGAUUGUACUAUAUACACCAGUCAAUGGAAACAAAAAGCACAUUCUUGCCUGUUCUGUUGUAGUAGUACAAUAAACUACGGAUCAUGG